AUGUUCCCGUCAUUGAGAUUACUAUCACGUUCUGUAUGGAAAGGUCCAAAUAUAGUCCCAUUACCAAUAAAAGAAGCAUUGGCCAAAGGUACGCCCAUUAGAACAAAUGCCAGAUCUGCCACCAUAUUACCUCAAUUUGUCGGACUGAAAUUCCAAGUGCAUAAUGGUAAGGAGUAUGUCGCGUUUGAAGUGACAGAAGAUAUGGUAGGAAGUAAGCUAGGAGAAUUCGUACCAACAAGAAAGAGAUUCAGUUAUACUCAAACUAAGAACAAAUGA